AUGUCGCAUCGUUCUUCACGCUCCUACUACGAUUCCUCUUCAGCGGACAGUCAUCAGGCUGGUGGCCAUGAUGGGCGUCAUCGGCAUCGAGAGAGAUCUCGCAGUCCACAAACGCAUCGUCGUGCAGCCCGUUCCAAUUACUCACCUGAACAAGGAAGCCAUUAUGGCAGCAGCAGCAGCAGCAACAGCAACAAUCACCACCACCAUCACAACAACAGCAGUAAUCACCAUAGGGAUAAUCCACGCUAUUCGAGAUAUCACGACAAUGACGACUAUCGGCCAGACAGCCGCAGACGUUACGAUGAUCGCUCUCUUCAUUAUGAUGAUCCUCGUCACCAUCAUUCUCGCCAUCCUCCUCCUCCUCAUCAUCAACGUAUUGAAGAUCAAGGUCCAGCAAAACCCAAUAUCAAUGUGGUCCUGAGAAGCCUUCCUGAUAAAGCCACUGAGCAAGAUAUCCACAAGACACUUGAAGAUAUGGAAGGCAGUGUGGAUGAAGUUACAUUGAUCAGAGAUCGUGAUACUGGUGAAUCGAGAAAGUUUGCCUUUGUGAGAUUCACAAGCGUUGGACAUGCUGUGCAAUUUGUCGAGAAGCAUUAUCCACAUUUCUAUAUGGGUCAUCAUCGCGUCCGUAUCGAUUAUUGUCAAAAGGAUGGAUCGAGAACAAGCAAAUCAGAAUGGCGUUGUCCCACUUGUGGAAAGUUCAAUGAUGAAUCAAGACGUACAUGCGUUGAAUGCAGGAGUAUGGUGCAUGAAGGCACUAGAGCACAAAAAAGGUCCAAGGAAACUGAAUCGAUGGCUAUCAAUGAUGGUACUUCGGACGUGUCACAGAUGGCAAGCAACAUGCUGUUACUACAAAACCUGGAUCAUCUUUCAUCAGAGGAAUCGAUUUUCAAUGCUGUCAAGGAGUAUCAAGGGAUUCAACGCGUGCUGCUCAUCAAGGACAAGUUGACAAGAAUGUCAUGUGAGUUCGCUUUUGUGGAUUUUGUUAAUGUUCAGUGCGCUGUUACAGCUAUGCGUCAAAUGAAUAGCCAAGGCUUCAAAGUUGAUGGACGAGCACCCAAGGUGUCGUUUGGUAGUCCUGAUAGUUUCCUCCCGGCCUAUGCAGCAUCAGAGUGGACCGUACAAGCAGAUGUAGCUGAUGGACUUUGGAUGUAUCAUGAUGAGCAUGCAUAUGCUUCAGAGUAUUCACUUCGCUUGGAGCAAGAGCGUGCUGAGAAGGAGGAACAGGAGAAGAGAUUGGCAGCUGAACGAAAGAUGAAGCAAGAAGAGACCAGCAAAUCCAAAGACCCUUUGGAGGAUGAUUUAAGUGCAUUCUAUGCUGGUAUGGGAAGUAUCCUUUCAUCUGACGAUAAGAAAGAGUCCACAGAAGAUAUCUUUUCAGUCCCCAAAGUCUAG